CAGUCAGGAAAAAAAGGAAAAUCUGCCGAACACCAAACGCCCCCCAAUCCUUCCCAAAACCUCGCCGCCGGCGAAUUCCUCCGUGCCUCGCAACCCACAUCGAUCGCCUCCGCACUCCAACACGCUCGACUCUCUCAAUUUCCUCGGAUCAAUUCUUGCAUCCCGCUGGGCUGCUGGUUGUCUGAUCCGUCGGGGGAAUUUCUCGUUUUUCUCCCUCGCCCAUGGAGGCGGCGGGCUGCAGCUCGUCCCGGCCGCCGAGACGCCGCCGGCCGGAGAUUCUUCCGCCUGCGCCUGGAUCCGCCGGCCCGAGUAGGCCGUACAUGCCGUCCCUCUGCACCAACUCCAAGAACCCGUCCACCAAGUGCUACGGUGACAGAUUCAUACCAGAUAGAUCAGCAAUGGACAUGGACAUGGCAUAUUACCUCCUUACGGAACCUAAGAAGGACCAGGAAAAUGAAAGCAUGGUACCACCAGCUAAACAAGCAUACAGGAGGCUUCUAGCUGAGAAAUUCCUGGGCGGCAGAACCAGGAUUCUUGCCUUCAGGAACAAGCCACCAGAGCCUCAAGGGAUGCUGCAGCAGAUUUCAGCCGAAACUCAGACUUCCAGUCAGAUCAAUCCUGCUAAACAGCACCGAAAGAUUCCAAAGUUUGCUGAGAGGACGCUAGAUGCCCCUGGAGUGGUUGAUGAUUACUAUCUUAACGUGUUGGAUUGGGGAAGCAAAAAUGUGGUGUCCAUUGCCCUUGAGAAUACCUUGUACUUGUGGAAUUCAUCUGAUAGCUCAACUUCUGAGCUUGUGACUGUUGACGAUGACAAUGGUCCCAUCACUAGUGUCAGCUGGUCCUGUGAGGGACAACAUAUUGCCAUUGGCCUAAACUCUUCUGACAUCCAGCUCUGGGACGCGAGCUCUAGUCGCAAGCUGAGAACACUCCAAGGUGUCCAUGAAUCAAGGGUUGGUUCGCUGGCAUGGAACAGUAACAUCCUGACAACCGGUGGAAUGGAUGGCAAGAUCGUGAACAACGAUGUCAGGAUGAGAUCUCAUAUUGUUCAGACAUACCGAGGGCAUGAAGCUGAGGUGUGCGGGUUGAGAUGGUCAGGAUCUUGUCAGCAAUUGGCAAGUGGUGGAAACGACAACCUAGUGCACAUAUGGGAUGCAUCGAUGGCAUCUUCUAAUCCAUCACUGGGUCAUACUAGAUGGCUUCACAGGUUUAAUGACCACUUGUCUGCAGUGAAAGCUCUUGCCUGGUGUCCAUUUCAGAGCAACUUACUUGCCUCUGGUGGUGGUGGAAAUGAUAGAUGCAUCAAAUUCUGGAACACGCACACAGGUUUAUGUUUGAAUUCUGUUGAUACUGGAGCCCAAGUAUGUGCACUAAUCUGGAAUAAGAAUGAGAAAGAGCUACUGAGUGCUUGUGGUUUUAUACAAAAACCACUCAUUUUAUGGAAAUACCCAUCAAUGGUUAAAUUGGCUGAACUUGAAGGUCACACUUCUCGUGUCCUCUGCUUGGCACAGAGCCCUGAUGGCAGCACGGUAGCCUCUGUCGCAGCAGAUGAGACUCUAAGGUUCUGGAAUGUAUUUGGAACUUCUGAAGCACUGAAACCUGCAGCCAAGACUGUACGCACUGGAAUGUUUAAUAGUUUCAGCCAUAUCAGAUGAAGUGUGUACAGUAAGGUUUGCUUGAGCUAGGAUUGUGGGUAGAAAAUCUCCAAAUACUAUAACAAAGCUUACAAAAGAUGCAGUUAUUAUCUAGUACUUGAUCACCAUCCAUAUCUUAUGGGAAUUGACCAACUUCGAAUUGUAACCAGCCAAUCUGAUGGACAGGGUACUGAAGGUCCGCUUUAGCUCUUGAUGCCUCUACUGUCUCAUAGUGAAUGUUUAUACUAAUAGACAAAUUAGCCAUUAUUUUGUUCAAGACGUUUAUCAUGAUUUAUAUCGCUAUUUCAAAGCCA